AACGCUCCAUUUACUAAGAAAAAAGUAUAAUCUAUAUUUUCAUUGAUUAGUAUAAAAAUGGGUUUUGAGAUACUGCUCUCAGUGCUUCUAAUUGCAUCAUACCAUUUACAGUACGGAAAUGGUCGAAUGAUUCUAACCAUGAAAGAUUUUAUAUCUAAUUCUAACUCUACAAAUGUUGAUCAUUCUCAGGCAUUUCAAAACGCAUGGAGAGCGUUAUGUGGAGGGAAAGGUGGAUCAGCCUCGUUUGUAAUACAAGCCCAUGAAACAUAUACCAUACAACCACAAUUGCUUGAAGGUCCUUGCAUGCCUCGUAAUAUUCAUAUUCAGAUUGAUGGAACAAUUGAAGCUCCGAAGAUGGCAAACGACUGGGGAAGGAAUAAACUUGACUGUUGGUUAUGUUUUGAAAAGGUGACAGGCCUCGUUCUCACUGGAUCCGGUGUCCUCAAUACCCAUGGAGAAAGCUGGUGGUCUUCUGUUGCUCUCCAAUCUCGACCAGUGGCAGUAAGAUUUUUUGGAUGCCAAAACAUUUUAUAUAAUGGAUUAACUCAGAUCAAUAGUCCAAGGAAUCACAUAACGAUUUUGGAUAGCAACAACGCAACUUUAUCAAAUCUUCAUCUAAUUGCCCCUGCAAGUAGUCCAAAUACUGAUGGCAUUGAUAUCUCUCAUUCACAAAAUAUCAAUAUUAUGAGCUCCACAAUCAAAACCGGUGAUGACUGUGUUGCAAUUAAACGUAAUUCAUACAAUAUUAACGUAACUUACGUGACAUGUGGUCCGGGUCAUGGCAUAAGUAUCGGAAGUUUGGGGGAAGGAGGGGCAUCUGAGGUAGUACAAAAUGUGAAUGUCAGACAUUGCACCUUCACUGGAACACAAAAUGGUGCAAGAAUCAAGACUUGGCCUGGAGGACAAGGGUUUGUCAAAAAUAUUUUGUACGAAGAUAUUACUCUAAUAAAUGCCAACUUCCCCAUCAUCAUCGAUCAACAAUAUCGUGAUAAUGCUGGUCAAUAUAAACAAUCAGCAGGGGCUACUGCUGUGAAAGUGAGCGACGUGACGUUUAGAUCAUUCACAGGGACUUGUGCCGCUCCUAUUGCAAUAAAACUAGAUUGUGACCCGAAUACAGGUUGUGACAACAUCGUGAUGGAACAAAUCAAUAUCGCUUCUUCAUCUCCGAAAACGCCGCUCACCUCGUACUGCAAAUUUGCGCAUGUCGUUAGUCGCUUUGUCUCCAUUCCCAUAACCUGUAGUUUUCAUACUGAAGAUUCUCAACCUGCGUCACUGAAUCCUCAACCUUCCGCACCGUAUGCUAUAUCCCCGACGACACCGCAUACUCAGCCUCAUGCACCAACUACUCAACCUCCACUGUUCUUUCGUUUCUAUACAAAUUUCAAAGCCUUCUUAGGAAGGUUGGGUCGUAACUGCUAGAUUUAUUAUAGCAAUAUAUUGUUAUGAGUAGUCACUGUUACUUUACUAAAAAAAAUAAAAAGAAAGUUUUAACU